GUUUGCAAAACUGGAAAAAAAGAUGAAGCUUGAAUGUCUUUUUUUUCUUCUGCGGUUAUAGAACUAUAUAGACGGUAACUACACACAUAUAGCAUACAAAAUAGUUACAUACACUAAAUGUAUCAUAGAAAUUCGUUGAAGAUUUCUAUAUUAAAUGUCUACAGAGAUUCUACAUAGCAGAAAUCAAAUAUUGAUGUCUCUUCUCUUAAUGCACUUAUUAAUAAGUCGUAUUAUCAAAUUUAAUAGACCAUAUGUAUAUGGACAAUGACUAACUAGUCAUUACACCAUCAGUCAAUUACCAUUUUUGUAGUUUUGCCAAUUUCAUAUCCAAUUUCAAUCAUUAUUCAUGUAUGUUUACCUAAUUCACUCCUAAAAAGUGUCAAAAUAAUAAAAAACAUCAUACUUGAAACUGAAAAAGACUAAAAAUGGGAGACAAAAUUACAAAAUCAAAAUCUAAUAAGGAGGGAGUAUAUAGAUAAUGACAAACUCUCUCAUUUCAUGGUUUCACCAUUAGUCAGUUACCAUUUUUGCAAUUUUAUCAAUCUCAUAUAUUUAGCUAAUUCAUAGGAAAAAUGUAAAAAAGAAAAGUAAAAGAAGGUCACACUUGAAACUAAAGAAGAGCAAAAAUGGGGGAGAAAAUUGCAAUAUAAUUAAAAUAUUUGUGCCGCAGAUAGUAGUAGGAAAAGCAAAAGGCUAUGCGCUGCAGCGUAUUAAUGGCGAGAGAGAGUGAAAAACGACAAAAGAGACAAACCAGCCUUGGACGGGAGGGAGGGUCUCCGUACGUUCUCUCUCUCUCUCUCUCUCUCAGAGCACAACAUUCUCUCUCUCCCCAUACCAUUUUCUGUUAUAUAAUAUCACCAACCUGACCUCUCUCUCUCCGUAUUGUCCACUCUUGUUUUACUCUCUCCAUUUUUGAAUCUUUUUCUUCAUCAUCUUCUUCCUUUCUGAAAUCGCUUUUUCUCUUCGCGACGAUGUUUGAAGAAAACUUUAUGGGUUUCGAUGGAGAUUUUAGCAGAGGACGAGCUUCGGAUCGUCGCCUUCCUCCUCCUCGUGACUUUGGUGGGUGUCCCGACACAAACCCAUUUCUCAAGAGUUACGACACGAAGAGCGAUGAUGUGAUGGGUUUGUGUAAAAAGCUCAACGGAAUGGGUAUCUCUUGCGACAUGAGUAUUUGGAGCAGACCCGGACCGAUACGGGUCGACCCGGCUGAUUUUGGGUCUCGAAGAACUCUCCCCGAGUUUCCGGAUGGAGCUUCACGGUUUCGUGGCGAUUACUCUCCUCCCCAAGCUUUUCUGCGAAGCACCACCUCCUCCUCUCAUGGGGCAGAUCUUAGUUUCCUUGGCCUUCAAGACUCCUUUUACCCUAACGGACUUAGAGAGAUGAUGGCUCUUAAGACCCACAGAGACGCUCUCUUGGACCAUAUCAACCGACCCAUCAAGCGUUCAUCUCCUUGCCUUGGAAACGAUGCGUUUCGUAGUUCGUUGAUGUUUGAGAGAAAUAGGGUUUCGGACUUAGACUAUCCACAUGAUAGUCUCAGAGGCGUCUCUCUUGGAGGAGGAAGAAACAGGGCUUCUCUCUCAUAUGGGAAGAUGAGAAGUGAUUUGCCUCUGGAUCUUGCCUCCAUGGUUAACAUCUACGGAUCUGUCAACUUGAUGGGCAAAGAUCAGAUCGGUUGUCGUUUUCUCCAGAAGCUGGUCGAUGAAGGACUGUUUGUUGACGCUCUAUUCCUCGAAAUCAUCAACCACGUGGUUGAACUUUCCAUGGAUCCCUUCGGGAAUUACUUGGUUCAGAAGCUCUUAGAGGCCUGCGAUGAGGAUCAGAGAACGAUGAUGGUGAGUGUUUUGACCUCAAGACCUACGGAGCUUCUCAAAAUCUGUCUCAACAAUUAUGGGACACGGGUUGUUCAGAAGAUGAUCGAAACGGUGAAAACAAAACAGCAGAUUGGGAUGGUGAAGUCAGGUCUCAAACCGGGUUUUCUUUCUCUUGUUAAAGAUUUGAAUGGGAACCAUGUGAUUCAAACUUGCUUGACUACUCUAGGUCCUAGCGACACCAAGUUUGUGUUGGAAGCUGCUACCAAGUACUGCGCUGAGAUAGCAACUCAUCGCCACGGAUGCUGUGUGCUUCAAUGCUGCGUCUCAAACUCUGUUGGAGAGCAACGUGAGAGACUCGUCAAUGAGAUAUCCAGGAACUCACUUCACCUUUCUCAGGAUCCUUUUGGGAACUAUGUAGUGCAGUAUCUAAUAGAGCAAAAAGUAUCUGCAUCGAAGUUACUGAUUCAGUUUAGAAUGCAUUACGCGGAGCUAGCGACUCAGAAAUUCAGUAGCCAUGUGAUGGAGAAAUGCCUUAGGAUAUAUCCAGAGGCUAGAGCUGAGAUUGUCCGUGAGCUUCUUUCUGUUCCAAACUUUGAACAUCUCCUGCAUGACCCUUUUGGAAACUACGUUAUUCAAACUGCUCUCUCAGUAACCAAGGGUCCUGUUCGUGCGAGCUUGGUGGAGAAAGUGCAUAGGUAUGGGAAACUGAAAUUUAGUCCUUAUUGCAAGAAGAUAUUCUCCAAGACCAUCUUGAAGAGCUGAUCAGCAAGGAUGUUGUUGUUUUUGUGUGUUUGAGAUCGGAUUGGGCCUUUUGAAAAGACACUACUUCCCCUUUUGCUUUUGAAGAAGUGACUCUGCUGAUUAAGUAACAAAAAAUGUUGUUGUUUUGUGUUUCAAGAUCGGAUUAGGCCUUUAAAUAGACGCUGCUCUCUUUUGUUGUCGGUUCCUUUUUUUUUUUGUAGUGACAACAAACUUUAUGUGUUAUUUUAAGCCGUUGGUCUAUCAUCUAUAUAUAUAACUUUAAAGGCCA